UUUAGUUCCUGAUAAUCCGGAGAGCUUUACGCGCGACUGCUGAGUCUGUCUGCCAAGUCUGACAACAAAAUGUAACCUCUGCAGCGCUGAUCCACCGCUGUACACCGUCAAAACUCCGGUACACCACCUCAGGUCCAUGCUUUAUUCGCCGGUAGUCCCCUCGGAUGUGUUGCCUCGUUAAAGGGUGGCUGUUUGGGCGCGCAACGGCUAAACUACAAUGAGCUCGGAGCACCAAAGCGACAGCAGCGAGGACGUGGACGAGAACCAGGACAGGCCCCAGGACGGUGGCGGCAGCAGCGACAAAGAAGACCCCGAUAUCGACGACUCGGACGACGACGAUGAUGGUAUUGUACGCGGAGUUUCGUCUUCACCUCCGAGAAGCAGCGGCGGGGAGCGGGGAGAGCUGUCCCGGGAGGAGCGGUGCAAGCGGGAAGACACACAGCAGCAGACGGGGAGCGGCGGCAGCAGUGGUGGAGGUGGCUACAGGGGGAACAGCCUGUUUUCGUGGCUCCAGAGUAGGACUAUUAGGCGAGGGGUGUUUGUGGACCCCGCACGGGACAAUUUCAAGACGAUGACAAGUCUGUACUGCUCCAUGAACCCCGCGUCGGAGUCUGUAAACCUCAGCACCCAGACGCACGGAGCGGUGUUCAACUUGGAGUACUCCCCGGACGGAUCGGUGCUGACUGUGGCCUGUGAGCAGACUGAGGUGUUGCUGUUUGAUCCGAUCUCGUCUCGACACAUCAAAACACUGACGGAGGCUCACGAAGACUGUGUCAACAACAUAAGGUUUUUGGACAAUCGCCUGUUUGCCACCUGCUCCGAUGACACCACAAUUGCAUUAUGGGACCUUCGUAAACUGAAUUCGAAGGUUUGCUCUUUGCACGGCCAUGCCAGCUGGGUGAAAAAUAUCGAGUAUGACACAAACACUCGCCUCCUCGUCACCUCUGGCUUUGACGGCAAUGUCAUCACCUGGGACACUAACAGGUUCACAGAAGAUGGCUGCCCUCAUAAGAAGUUCUUCCACACGCGGUACCUGAUGCGAAUGCGUUUGACCCCGGACUGUUCAAAGAUGCUGAUCUCCACCUCGUCCGGAUAUCUGCUGAUCCUCCACGACCUCGACCUUACUCAGUCUCUGGAGGUGGGCAGCUACCGCAUGCUCCGGGCCAGGAGGACACCACUCAGCUCCGAUGGAGGCACGUCAGCAUCUCGUCCAGCUGGAAGUCGCCAGGGAAAUGACUCCAGUAAACUCCACCCACACAGAGAAGGUCUAUCACCGAGGAACAGCCUGGAGGUUUUGACCCCAGAGAUUCCUGGGGAGAGGGACCGAGGGAACUGUAUCACCUCCCUCCAGCUCCACCCCAAAGGCUGGGCCACACUCAUCCGCUGCUCCAGCAACAUGGACGACCAAGAGUGGACGUGUGUGUAUGAGUUCCAGGAGGGGGCACCCACUCGCCCUCUGGUUUCUCCACGCUGCUCUCUGCGUCUGACCCACUACAUCGAGGAGGCCAAUGUGGGACGAGGCUACAUCAAGGAGCUCUGUUUCAGUCCAGAUGGCCGUCUCAUCUGCUCCCCCUAUGGGUACGGCGUGAGACUUCUGGCUUUUGACGAGGGCUGUGGGGAGUUGUCAGACUGUGUCCCGGUCCAAACCAGCGUCUUGAAGGAAAUUCGGUCCAUUUAUUCUCAUAGUGACGUUGUCCUCACCACAAAGUUCUCCCCCACUCACUGUCAGCUGGCCUCGGGCUGUCUCAGUGGACGUGUGGCUCUGUAUCAGCCCAAGUUUUAGCUGUGGACAAGAAACAUGGAAGCCUAACACUGCAGACCUGGGAGUAGGAGUAUUGCUUUUGAUACAUUAUACUUUGUCUUCAAUUGUGCUGUGAUUUGUAUAUUGUUCUGGCAUAGGAUUCAGUCCCCCUUAUUCAGUAACAUUUGCGUUGGUGGUUUUCAGAAUCAAGAAUCUAUUUGUAUCAUAUUCAGAAUGUGGCAAGAGCCAGUUUUCCCUAUUGAUUAUUAGGUAUUUUAAUGAGAAAUGUCUUAAAGACCUUAAAAUGUUCUAUAUUAUAACAGUAUCUGCAUUUUAACAAUAUUCAUUUUAGGUCAUCUUAUUCACCUUAGUCUCUCGUGUAUAUUAAAUAUUAUCAGCCCAUAGAACGUUAUCUAUAUGUCAUCUAAAAUGCAGAAUAGAGUAAAAUUUGCCUCUUAUAAUUUGACAAGAUGACAUCCUAAUUUUUUCCCAGAUUUGCAACAGACAAAAACCAUACACAUGCUUGGGACCCACCCUUUUGGAUGGAUUAAGGAACUCCUAAUGUACUACCAUAAUCUCUUUGGUAUGAGUAAGAAUUUAUUGUAAACCUAUAGCGUUUUGGGUAUUGUGUAAUGCGUUUAGAAAUCCCCAUUGCACUUGAAGAAAGCCUUAAAAUUUUUACUUCUAAACCCAGGUCUGCAGCUGCAUUGACAAUGUUUUUGGAAAGUUGUUGAACUGAAUAGGAAAAAAAAGAAGAAAAUGUCUUACAAAGUGUGCUAUGGACCUGAUAAAAGAAGAUUUCAUGUUAAACUUUGAGAUGCAAAGACAAUGACAAUGGAUUGUUCUUGAGAGCAGUACUACUAAUAACUUUUGUAUGACUGACUCUUGUUUGGACUAAAAAAAACACUAAAAUUGUAAACUUGUAAACCUGGAGGCAUUGCUUUUGCGUGACAAUAUGCCUUUUUCAUAGGUGCUGCAUUUCUGCUUUGAACUUUUGACCCCCUACUCGGAUCUAGUUAUCCUUAAAUCGCCUUUUGUUUCUUCCCACAAGACAAUGUUAUGGACUCUUAGUGGUUUUAAUGACAUUACUGCUGGCACUAUAUGUAGCACAGUGUUUGGUUUCUGUAGGAUUUAGCUGGUGCUGCGAUAGAGGGCGCUAUUUGACUUCUAUCAAACCCCCCACCACAUUUUUUUGUCAAAUGCUUGUACCUGGUAAUUAUAAUGGAUAAACAAAUACCCAACAAUACUGCAGCCUGGUCAACUAUACUACGAUUUGCUAUAAAAUACUUGAUACUUUUUGCGUCAUAAAAACAGAUUUAAAUAAGUUUUAAACCAAGUUAACAGUUAAAAUAGUUCACAGAUUUGAACCACAUCUUGACAUAAAAACCUCUGCAAAAGCAAGACAUAAUCAAGGCUCAAACCAUAGAUUCAUAUUAAAGUUGGAAUAUGUAACUUUUUUAGUUGAUGCUCUCCCAGCUUCAUGUCUCUAUGGAGAUGUUUUUACUUUGUUUAAAUGUUCCACAAUGUGGCAUUAAACUCCUAUCUUGCAUCUAUUUAGCACAUGGAUUCUUAAUGGGAGGGGGCGUGCCUCGCAGAUCUGACCUGUAGCUUAGCCUGGUCUCCAUGGAGAUGAAUAACUUUAAUGCUGUAGUGUGGAAUUUUAUAGGCAAAGCAAUCAUAUCUUAAUGGAGACAACCAGGUGGCAUGACCUCCCACAGAAAGGUUACAUACUACACCUUUACUAUGAAUCCUACGAAUGAUCACUGUAAGAAUAAAUUUCAUCUUUUUCUCCAAUUGAUAUUUCAGUCUAUUUUGACCUAUUGCAUAUAUGAAAUUUUAGAAACUUAACUUUUGGUCUCUUAUAAUGGAUAAAGUUGUUUAAUUUUUACUUGCAAUUGUUGCCAAAAAGGUUUAGUCCAAUUUUGUUCAUCAGUGUUGGACAUCAAUUUUCAUUUUGUAUUGAAUCAUUUGCUUCCCUAGACUUAAUUUUAUUGCUUGAGUGUGUUAUAUGGAUUUUGUGUGGAAAUUGGUGCCUGUAUUUUUAAAGGGACGAUUACUAUGCACUGCAGCUUAUGUGGAGGGCCUACUUUCUCUAAUGUAACUUGAUGUGUGCUUAUUGUUGAGACUUUAGAUGCCAAAUGCUUUGUGAAGGUAAAUUAAAAUCUUUAUUGUGAA